CUGAAACCUUCCAUUAUAACUCUGAAAAUCUCCCCUCCGCUUGAGAAAAAAGCAAUCCAAAGAAGAAUGCUCAUAGGUGAUUUAUGUGGCUAACCGUGUUCGGUAAUUCCACACGUGUCGCCAUCAACGCAUCUUUAGUUCGACCUUAUUAGGACGCGUCGAAGUCCUCAACUUGUCGUGUUUUUUCAUUGGACCACGUCAGCUCCCUACUUUUGUCAGUUCCUUCUGGACCGUUACUUCUCUUCUCUCUUCUCAGUUUCUUUCUCCAAACGCUCCUUCAAACAAUUUUACCUCUAUUUGAUGCCUUCUUAACCACCAUUCUCUCUAUCCUUUUCUUCUCUCUUUCUCUCUCUUUUUCUUACAGUGUUGGUUACUUCUGAUCUGGUAUUGUUCGAUUCCUUACAUGUUUUCUUCUUCAUUUUGUACCUUUAUUUUUGUUUUUGAGUUUUGGGUUUGUUUGAUACUACAUUUGUUAUUUCAUGUCGGUUAAGAUUUCUUUUUUUUUUUUUUUUCUCUUGGGUUAGUGUUUUCGUUUGAUGUUUCAAUGCGUUCUGUCUCUGGAUAUUUAAGACAACAAUGAAAUCUUUACCGGAAUUUGAGUUCUGUUUCAUUAAUUGAAAUUUCUUUUUAUCUUUGUUUUUUUAUUAUACUUGAACUGAUAGAAGAUUCGAUAGUUUUCUUAGCAUAACUUUUUUGAAGAUAGAAAAUGGAAUAUGAAGGCCAGAUCAACCAGGCCAUUGACCCAAAAUACGAAUGUCUCUUAUUUGAUCUAGAUGACACUCUUUAUCCUCUGACUUCUGGUUUGUCAGGGGAAGUUACCAAGAACAUUCAAGAAUAUAUGAUUAAGAAGCUUGGAAUAGAGGAAAAAGUUCCUGAAUUAUGUGUAUCACUGUACAAGUAUUAUGGCACAACAAUGGCUGGUUUAAAGGCUAUUGGCUACAACUUUGAAUAUGAUGAUUUUCAUAGUUUUGUUCAUGGGAGAUUGCCCUAUACAAUGCUAAAACCUGACCUUGUUUUAAGGAAUCUCUUGCUUAGCCUGCCUGUUCGAAAAGUUAUUUUCACGAAUGCAGAUAAGAACCAUACCGCCAGGGUGCUUAACAGGUUGGGCUUGGAGGACUGCUUUGAACGGAUUAUAUGCUUUGAGACUCUGAAUCCCACAAACAAAAACAACACUUCUGCUGAUGGCUUCAUCUCAAACAUUGCAAUUUUUGACAUCAGUAACUACAGUGCUUGUCCUGAUUCUGAGCUUGAACUUCCAAGUUCUCCCGUUGUCUGCAAACCAUUUGAAAAAGCAUUUGAACAAGCUUUUGAGAUUGCCAACAUCAACCCCCAGAAAACGUUGUUCUUCGAUGACAGCAUCCGCAAUCUACAGAGUGGUAAAAAUAUGGGCCUUCACACCGUGUGGGUGGGAACUUCUCACGGAACUGACGACGUGGAUUAUGCAUUAGAGAGCAUUCACAAUAUCAGGGAAGCAUUGCCAGAGCUCUGGGAGGCAGAUGAGAAGGCUGAAGACAUCAGUUAUUCUGGGAAGGUUUCUGUCGAGACAACAGUUAGAGCAUAGCUCGUUGACCUUAAAUCUUUGUAUUUGUUGGACAUUCACCCACUCUUUUUGUAACAUGUCACAAAGUUGAUCUUAGAAAUAACAUUAUAAUAUCUUAUUUAAUAAAAUUGGUCUUUUCUAUGGAAAUUAUACCAUUUAUUAUUGUUAAUAUCUGAUUAAUCUGGUUUACUUUUAAAAGCAUCAAGGAGCAAAACAAAGGCACUAACGUGAUAGAACACAUGUUAGGGCAAAAAGGCAUCUCUUGUACCCUUCACAUUUUAACCCUUCAGGCUUCAAGUGCCCUAUGGCCACACCAAAAUUUGAAUCAAUCUGAACAUAAUUGGUUAAAUAUAUACAAGCAAAACCCUAA